AUGCCGGCCCGCGCCGCGCCGCUGCCGCCGGCCCCGCUGCCCGCCGAGCUGCGCCGACGGCUGCAGGACUUGGAGCGGGAUGAGGAGCACCUGGGAGAGAAGGAGAGCGUCCAGGAGAAGCUGAGCCUCAUCCACGGCUUCCUGCAGGCCGAGGUGCAGCUGCAGCUCAGCGAGCUCGAGGCCAAACUGCGCCGCGAGGAGCUCUCGGAGGAGCGUUACCUGGCCAAGGUGAAGGCGCUGCUGCGCCAGGAGCUCUCGGCCCCCAAUGGCUCCGGGGCCCCCAACCCCAACGGGUGCCCCGGGAACGGCGCCUCCGGCAGCGACGACGACGACGACGCGGCCAUGGAGCUCGAGGAGGGCGUGGCAGCGUCCUCGUCCCCGUCCUGCCCCGGCCCCGCCGCGCGGGCGCGGAAAUCCCGCCGGAGCCGCUCCAACGGAGACGCCAGAAAGUCUCCGGCCAGCUCCCGCGUCACCCGCAGCUCCGGCCGGCAGCCGACCAUCCUCAGCCUCCUGUCCAAAGGAUCCAACAAGCGGAAAUCGGAGGAGGUCAACGGGGAGGUGAAGCCGGAGCUGAUGAACGUGGAGAAGGAGGAGGAGGAGCUGGAGGAGAAGUUCGCAGCCUUUGCCGACUACAUCCUGAUGGAGCCGAGCGAGGAGUACGCACCGACCUUCGCGCUGAUGCAGGAGAAGAUCUACAUGAGCAAGAUCGUGGUGGAGUUCCUGCAGAACAACCGCCACGUCAGCUACGAGGACCUGCUCAACAAGAUCGAGACCACGGUGCCGCCGGCGGGGCUCAACUUCAACCGCUUCACGGAGGACUCGCUGCUGCGCCACGCGCAGUUCGUGGUGGAGCAGGUGGAGAGCUACGAUGAGGCCGGCGACAGCGACGAGCCCCCGGUGCUCAUCACGCCCUGCAUGAGGGACCUCAUCAAGCUGGCCGGGGUCACCCUGGGCAAGAGGUCUCUUCCAGUCUUGGUCAACAUCAGCGUCAUGGGUUGGGUGUGCCAGCAGCCCGAGUGUGGCAAGUGCAAGGCGUGCCAGAACAUGGUCAAGUUCGGGGGCAGCGGCCGCAGCAAGCAGGCGUGUCUGCAGAGGAGGUGUCCCAACCUGGCGGUGCGGGAGGCGGACGAGGACGAGGAGGUCGAUGACAACAUCCCCGAGAUGCCCUCGCCCAAGAAGAUGCUGCAGGGCCGCAAGAAGAAGCAGAACAAGAGCCGGAUCUCCUGGGUCGGGGAGCCCAUCAAGAGCGACGGCAAGAAGGAUUAUUACCAACGCGUCUGCAUCGACUCCGAGACCCUGGAGGUGGGCGACUGCGUGUCCGUGAGCCCCGACGACCCCACCAAGCCCCUCUACCUGGCCAGGGUGACGGCCAUGUGGGAGGACAGCAGUGGCCAGAUGUUCCAUGCCCACUGGUUCUGCCCGGGCUCGGACACCGUCCUGGGGGCCACCUCGGACCCCCUGGAGCUGUUCCUGGUGGACGAGUGCGAGGACAUGCAGCUGUCCUACAUCCACGGCAAGGUCAACGUCAUCUACAAGGCGCCCUCGGACAACUGGGCCAUGGAGGGCGGGCUGGACACGGAGAUCAAGAUGGUGGAAGACGAUGGGAGGACCUACUUCUACCAGAUGUGGUACGACCAGGAGUACGCGCGCUUCGAGAGCCCGCCCGACGCGCAGCCCACCGAGGACAACAAGUACAAGUUCUGCUUGAGCUGCGCGCGCCUGGACGAGGUGAGGCACAAGGAGAUCCCCAAGGUGGCCGAGCCGCUGGAGGAGGCCGACGGCAAGAUGUUCUACGCCGUGGCCACCAAGAACGGCGUCCAGUACCGGGUGGGGGACGGCGUCUACCUGCUGCCCGACGCCUUCUCCUUCAGCGUGAAGCCGGCCAGCCCGGCCAAGAGGCCCAAGAAGGAGGCGGUGGACGAGGAGCUGCACCCCGAGCACUACCGCAAGUACUCGGAGUACAUCAAGGGCAGCAACCUGGACGCGCCCGACCCGUUCCGCGUGGGCCGCAUCAAGAGCAUCUUCUGCAGCCUGCGCGGCAACGGCAAACCCAACGAGGCCGACAUCAAGCUCUGCAUCUACAAGUUCUACAGGCCCGAGAACACCCACAAGUCCACCAAGGCGAGCUACCAUGCCGACAUCAACCUGCUCUACUGGAGCGACGAGGAGGCCACCGUGGAGUUCCGGGCGGUGCAGGGCCGCUGCUCCGUGCUCUACGGCGAGGACCUGCCCGAGAGCAUCCAGGACUACUCGGCCGGCGGCCCCGACCGCUUCUACUUCCUGGAGGCUUACAACGCCAAAACCAAGAGCUUUGAGGAUCCUCCCAACCAUGCCCGGAGCUCCGGGAACAAAGGGAAGGGGAAGGGAAAAGGGAAAGGGAAGGGCAAGGGGAAGGCGGCGGGCGCGGAGCAGAGCCAGCAGCAGCUGGCAGUGCCACCCGUGCCCAAGCUGAGGACCCUGGACGUGUUCUCCGGCUGCGGGGGCCUCUCCGAGGGCUUCCACCAGGCAGGGGUCUCGGAGACGCUGUGGGCCAUCGAGAUGUGGGAGCCGGCGGCGCAGGCGUUCCGGCUCAACAACCCCGGCACCACGGUGUUCACCGAGGACUGCAACGUGCUGCUCAAGCUGGUCAUGGCCGGCGAGAGGACCAACGCCUUGGGCCAGAAGCUGCCCCAGAAGGGCGACGUGGAGAUGCUCUGUGGUGGCCCCCCGUGCCAGGGCUUCAGCGGCAUGAACCGCUUCAACUCGCGCACCUACUCCAAGUUCAAGAACUCCCUGGUGGUCUCCUUCCUCAGUUACUGCGAUUAUUACCGGCCGCGCUUCUUCCUGCUGGAGAACGUCCGGAAUUUCGUGUCCUUCAAGAGGUCCAUGGUGCUCAAGCUGACCCUGCGCUGCCUGGUGCGCAUGGGCUACCAGUGCACCUUCGGGGUGCUCCAGGCCGGGCAGUACGGCGUGGCGCAGACGCGGCGCCGCGCCAUCGUGCUGGCGGCGGCGGCGGGCGGGAAGCUGCCCAUGUUCCCCGAGCCCCUGCACGUGUUCGCGCCCCGCGCCUGCCAGCUCAGCGUCGUGGUGGACGACAAGAAGUUCGUCAGCAACAUCACCAGGACGUACUCGGGCCCGUUCCGCACCAUCACGGUGCGGGACACGAUGUCGGACCUGCCCGAGAUCCGCAACGGCGCCUCGGCGCUGGAGAUCUCCUACAACGGCGAGCCCCAGUCGUGGUUCCAGCGGCAGAUCCGCGGCUCCCAGUACCAGCCCAUCCUCAGGGAUCACAUCUGCAAGGACAUGAGCGCGCUGGUGGCGGCGCGGAUGCGGCACAUCCCGCUGGCGCCCGGCUCCGACUGGCGGGACCUGCCCAACAUCGAGGUGCGGCUCUCGGACGGCACCACCACGCGCAAGCUGCGCUACACCCACCACGAGCGCAAGAACGGCCGCAGCAGCUCCGGCGCCCUGCGCGGCGUCUGCUCCUGCGCCGAAGGGAAGCCGUGCGACCCGGCCGACCGGCAGUUCAACACGCUCAUCCCCUGGUGCCUCCCGCACACCGGCAACCGGCACAACCACUGGGCCGGGCUCUACGGGCGCCUGGAGUGGGACGGCUUCUUCAGCACCACCGUCACCAACCCCGAGCCCAUGGGCAAGCAGGUGGGGCCGCGGAGCCGCGGGCACGGCCGGCGCGCGGGGCUGGGGGCGGCCGGUGGUCAUCGUUGGCCCAGACCUUGGGUGGGGCUGCUGGGGGUGGCCAGUGGCCACCGUGUCCCAGUGGUUGGGUUUGAUGGUCUCCAACGGCCACCCCUGUCCCAGGUGGGCAAUGCGGUGCCGCCUCCCCUGGCCAAGGCCAUCGGGCUGGAGAUCAAGGCCUGCGCUGCGGCCAAGCUGCGCCAGGACACGGCCGGGGGCGGCAGCGACCCCAGAGCCGCUGCCGGCUCCUCCCGCAGACCUGCGGGCACCGCGGGACCCAAAAACCACCGGGGCGGGAUCCAGCCGCGGAUCCAGCGGGAGCUGAUCCGACCUGGGCAUCUCCCCCUUUCCUGCAGCCGGGAAUUCCUCCCUUCCCUUCCCCCGAGCGUUUGGGGUCGCAGGGUGGGCAAUGCGGUGCCGCCUCCCCUGGCCAAGGCCAUCGGGCUGGAGAUCAAGGCCUGCGCUGCGGCCAAGCUGCGCCAGGACACGGCCGGUCCCCGCGCUGUCCCGUCCGGAGCCGCCUCGUGUCCCCGCAGCUCCAAGCCCAGCUGGGCUGACCAGGUGGAGGAGGAGGGAGGAGAGGAUGGUGAGUGA